AUGGCUUCAUCAGACGAAGGGUAUGCUGAACCCUUUGCUGGCAUACAUGAGCCAUUUGCUGGCUUGACUGAAAUGGAUUAUGAACUCCACGGCAUUUACAUGGACCACGAACCAGAGGAAGAAUUUGUGUCCUCACUUGAUAAAUGUAAGGAUAUCAUCCUAAAUGUUCUAUUAAGUGAUGAAAACCUACGAAAUUCUAGUAUGGCAGAUGAAAUCAGAGCACAAGUAUACCAUGCUACUGAUUGGCAGAUUGAUGAAGAUGAACAGGAGGUAUUGAAAAACAACUAUAGAAUUCAUGACCCAACCAUCAAGUGGGACAAGAUGGUACCAAAGCUUGGUGACAUCUUUGAAUCCCCUGCCCAACUGAAGUUUUGUGUCACCAAUUAUGCAGUCUCACAUGGCUAUAGAAUAUACUUUGAAAAAUGUGAUAGUAAAAGAAUUGUAGCUAGAUGUGGAAAUAGGAAGGAAGAGAAUAAAUGCCCUUUCAGAAUUUAUGCUGCAUGGAUGUACAAAGAAAGAUCUUUUCAGAUCAAAGCUAUGAAUGUUGACCAUAAAUGUUCUAGGCAGUUUAAGUUUGGAUCCAUUGUGUCCCCUGAAUGGAUUGGAAGACAUUAUGUGACUGAAAUUGCAAAUAAGCCAAAGAUGAAACUUCUGGAAAUGAUUGACGACAUCAGACAAAGGUAUAGGUGUGUGGUAUCUAUAGGACAAGUUAGAAGGGCAAGGAAAUGGGCCAAAAAUUUAAUAGAAGGUAAACUCAUUGAGCAUUAUGCAAGGAUAUGGGAUUAUGCCCAUGAAUUGUUAAGGUCAAACCCGGGGUCCACAUGUCAAGUUGGUGUAACAACCAAUCCAGAUGGAAAGAAUUAUUUUCAUAGGUUUUACAUUUGUUUCAAAGCACUAAGUGUUAGCUGGAAAAGAGGAUGUAGGAGAGUAAUUGGGCUAGAUGGGUGCUUUCUAAAGGGGCAGGUGAAGGGUGAACUACUAACAGCCAUUGGUAGAGAUGCCAACAACCAGGUUUAUCCAAUUGCUUGGGCUGUUGUAGAUGUGGAAAAUAAGUCCAACUGGACUUGGUUCCUUGAGCUACUCAGUGGUGAUCUAGACCUUAUUGAUGGAAGGGGGUUGGUAGUUAUAUCAGAUCAACAUAAAGGUUUGCUACAAUCUGUUAAAGAUGUAUUGCCACAUGUGGAGCACAGGCAAUGUGCCCGACACAUAUAUGAAAAUUUUAGGAAAGCUUACACUGGGUUGGAGUUCAAGAAGCUAUUUUGGGCUGCAGUUAUGAGCUCUAUGGAAGGUGAUUUCAAGAGACAUAUGGACAAAAUUAAAAAGCUCAAUACUGGUGCAUAUGAGCAUCUGAUGUCCCAAGAACCCGAAACAUGGUGUAAAGCUUACAUGAGUACAGGGUAUGCAUGUGAGGCAGUGGAGAAUGGUAUAUCAGAGUGCUUCAACUCCAUCAUUGUGGAUGCUAGGAAAAAACCAUUGAUCACAAUGCUUGAAGAAAUAAGGAUAUACAUCAUGGAUAGCAGUGUUAAAGAAGAUGAAGCUUUUUGGGAAGAACAUGAGGUUUUGGGUCAACAACAUGUGUUUGAAGCAAGGAGAGGAUGUGAUAGCUACAUGGUGGAUUUAGAUGGAAGGCAUUGUACCUGCAGGUUAUGGGAUCUGGCUGGGAUCCCAUGUGUUCAUGCAAUUGCAAUCAUCAACUACAUCCAUCAAACACCUGAUGAGUAUAUUGAUUUCAUGUUUUCCAAGGAACAAUUCCUUAAGUGUUACUCUGCUAACAUUAGUCCAGUGAAUGGUUCAAAAUUGUGGCCUCAAACUGAAUACAUAAAGUCCUUGCCACCAGUGUCAAGGAGAAUGCCUGGUAGGCCAAAGGUCAAUAGAAGUAGACAUGUAAGUGAAAAUGAUGGAAGAGUACACACCCCAAGAACUGUAAGGUGUGGUAAGUGCUUUGAGUAUGGCCAUAACCAGAAGGGAUGCAAGAAUGCAACCAGGGAACCUAUCCCUAAGCCACCAAAGGAGAAAGGAAGGCCAAGGAAGGAACAAGAUGAACCCAAUCAAGCAUCAUGUGAUAGGUCUGAGAGGCAAGAACCUGUCCCUAUGCCACCAAAAAAGAAAGGAAGGCCUAGGAAAGAGAGGCAAGAAGCAGUUCCUAUGCCACCAAAGAAGAAAUGA